GCAGUUUUAAGUGUAUGAAAGUGGAGAAUAUUUAAAUGAUAAAAAAAUUGGUUAAUUGAAAUACACUCUAGAAAAUGAAGAAGUGUUUAUUUUUUUUUUAUGUUAGUGGUGGUGGGUACUAUGACAAUUAAGGGAAGUAAGGAAAAUGGAUUGAAUUAACCAAUAACUUUUUUGUGCAAUAUGCGAUAUCAAUUUUAUUGAUUAGUAAAAGUUAAAUCACAUUUGAGGGUGCAUACAAAAAUGGCAAGAGAGUAGGCAGAUGGGACUUCUAAUAUAGGGAAACAAUUUAUUAGCAAUUUGAGUUGAUGUAUAAUACUAUUCUAAUAAUACUCUCUAUUUCUUAGUGGCGGUGGAUCAUAUGAUAAUUAAGAAGGAAGUGAAUCAUUUAGGAUAGGCAAAUGGUUUGAGCCCAGUGAUGGAUUUCAUAGGUAAACCUUUUACUAAUAUAGUAAUAAUUAAGUUAUGUAUGUGGGAGAAUAUUAGAAAGGUAUCAGAGUAGGGAAAUGGGAGGUUUAUAUGAUUAUGGAUGAUUAUGGAUCAAUUCAUUAGAUGUAAAUAUAUUUACUAAAUGUGUUAAUUUACCUGUAUAAGUGGUUUUGGAGAAUAUGAUGACGGGUAGGAGGAUGAAAGCCGUCUUGGUAUGAAAUAAGGCAAAUGGCAUGAGUUGAGUAGUUUGCUCUAAAGGUACGUUGAAUUUUAAAUAAAUGUCAAAUUGUAGUUCCAGUAAAGUCAUUUAUUUUGGUGAAUAUAAAAAUGAUAUAAAAAUUGGUAGAUGGGAAAUCUACUGGAAGGAAAAGGAUGAAAAAUCUUUUAAAUUGAUGUAAAUUUAGGCUUAGAUUUAUUAAAUAGUGGGGGUGGAUUGUAUGAAGACAAGAUAGAUGGAUAAUUUCCUGAGGCAAUUAAAUAAGGCAGAUGGGUUGAAUUGAAUGAGGGAUUUAGGAAGUAUUUAUUCCUUAAAUAUAAUUUUUUUAUUAGUUCAAGUUUACUCACUUGGAAGGGGGAUUAUCAGAAUAAUAAUAAAAUUGGUAGAUGGAAUACAAGUUUUGGAUGGAAAAAUAUGUAAAAAUAGUAUUUUCAGCACUUUUCCUUUAGUGGUGGAGGUUCAUAUUAUGAGAUUGAUAUUGGAUUAACAAAGAAAGUUGGGAAAUUGAUUGAAUUUGGUAAUAGGUUUGAUAGGUAUAACUAUGGACAUCAAUAAAAUUAGGGAUAAUUAACUCAGUUGCAGGGGAGAGUAUGAAAACGGUAAAAAAAAAUUGGUAGAUGGCAUUGGUAGUUGAAGU